ACGACAUUUCUGACAAACCAGAAGUGUCAGCCUAUGGCAAAGUUGUUUCUGGAGAGAAUCGCUUUUAAUUAUUUAUUCGAUUUUUCUAGUUGAAGUCAAACGGAGAUCUUGAUGGCUCACUCCUGAGGAUACGAGCAGAGCUUACAAUGCGAGAAGCGUCCGCACAUUUUGUGCAGCUUUUGUCCACAGUGCUAGCUAACGAGCUCAUUUAGCCUGAAUCCUGUUUGUCAGCUUUCGCUCCUGGAGAAAGUACGAACGAUAUUCCAUGUGAGACAUCCUCGCGUGUUCACCCCGAGCCCUCUGGGUGCUGUCCUUAGCAGACUCACAGCCGGGUUUUGAUCGUAAAAUGUGGCUACAGCAACGACUGAAGGGGCUACCAGGCUUGUUAUCGAGCAGCUGGGCGAGAAGACUCCUUAUAGGACUGUUGCUCUUCCUCAUUUUCUAUUGGUACCUGGGAGCCGAGCGAAGAUGGAGGUUGUUCAGUGGCUCAGCCAUGCCCGGAGGGGCGGCCGGGCAGUGUCUCCUGACUGAGAUCUACAGGUGGAAGUCCUUGGUAGACCGAGGAGAAGGCAUAUACAGCACACCUCAGGAACGGCUAGACACGCCUUUUGUAACUGGUAACGGCCAUAUUCUGAUUGAUAUUGAGUCUAACAAACUUUGGGUAGCUUCAUCCUCACAGCCCGGCUCGGCUCCGGUACACCAGACUGAGUACUCUCCCAGAGUCACCGUCAGCCUGGAUGGGGCGCUGGCCGAGGCUGAGGCUAACAUGCUGUGGUUCCGGAAGGGAUCGGUCCUGUCAGUCCGCUGCGCCUCACCAGCCACCCUGCAGUCAGCCCGAGACUGUGUCACUAUUAGAGAGGAGUUUAUUGCUCACAGAAGCAGACCUAACGUAUUUCUGCAGCGAAUCCAUAUCAACAAUCCCUCCGAUAGGGCUCUAAACCUGGACUUAUCGUCUGGAAAUCCCUCUUUCGGUAGCAAGUUCUCCACCAGUGUGGAGAAACUGGAUGACAGAGAGGUAAUCCUCUCCUCUGGCAGGGUGCCGGUGGAAAAAAAUAGGAUGGUUCUGGUCGUGGUGGUCACCAAAAAGCUAAGCAGCAGGAUCCAUGUUUUGGCUAAGUCAGAGCACGUAGACAACAUUGUGAGUGUGGUGUGGACCUCAGAGUCCAUCGAGUCCUCAAUGCUGGAGGAGACCUUCAGCGCCCUCAAAGAUGGAGCCAAAAAGGAGCUGGAAGAGCUGCUGAGGACCAGUGAGGAUAACUUGGUCGAAGACCACCAGAAAGCCUGGAAGGAGCUCUUCAUUUCAGGUAUUGAAAUGAGGAAGAUCAUCGACUCCCACACGCCAUCGAGCCGCACCGUGAACACCACCCUCUACUACAUCUUGUCCUCCUCCGCGGCUCCGCUUCUGGACCAAAGGCUAAAUGGCGAGGAGCGCGCCAGUCUCGAAUCCAGUCUCAACUACGCUGACCACUGCUUCAGCGGCCAUGCCACCAUGCACGCAGAAAACCUGUGGCCUGAGAGAGUCAGCAGCACUGCUCAGAUCCUGCAGCUGGUCACGCUGUGGACUCUGACGUUGCACAAAAGAGGCUGCAAGGUGUUGGUAGCUGCUGGGGCCCAUGGAGUCAUGCAGGGCAUGGUGCUUAGCUUUGGUGGCCUUCAGUUCACAGAGAACCAUCUGCAGUUCCAGACCGACCCAGAUGUGCUGCACAACAGCUACGCAUUGAGAGGCAUUCACUACAACCAGGACCUCAUCAACUUGGCGGUGCUGUUGGAUGUGGAUGGAAAGCCUUUUCUCCACGUGUCGGUAAAGCCGCAGGAAAAGCCGGUGAAGCUGUAUGCCUGUGAGGCCGGCUGCCUCAACGAGCCCGUGGAGCUUACGUCAGAGAUUAAAGGCCACACCUUCCCCGUCAUGGUGACGCAGCCCAUCACGCCGCUGCUCUACAUCUCCACAGACUUGCGCCAUCUGCAGGACCUCCGCCACACUCUGCACCUCAAGGCCAUCCUUGCUCACGAGGAACACAUGGCCAACAGGUACCCAGGCCUGCCCUUCCUCUUCUGGUUCAGCGUGGCCUCGCUCAUAACUCUCUUCCACCUUUUCCUGUUCAAGCUCAUAUACAACGAGUACUGUGGGCCCGGAGCUAAGCCUCUCUUCAGGAGCAAGGUGGCCAGCAAACGUGAGGAUAACUGCCAUGACUCCUUGGAUACUGAUUGAAUGCUGCAGCAGUGUGAUUGCACACACAUGUGGUUCUGCUUUAGCUUGGGGGGGGGGGUGUAUUAACAUGGAUGUGCUGACCUGCAUGUCACAGCCGUCACUGAACACUUAGAAAGAAUGUCAUCUGCUGCAGAGCGAUCCUGUAAAACUAACUGGUUAAAAUGGAAUUAAGUUUAUUUUUUGAAAUGGGACUGUUCACCCAGGUAACCAGAGCAUGAUCCAAAUCUGUCCAAAAACUAAGUGAAAGCAAAAGUUUUGUACUCACCGUCAGUGUUGGUUAAAGUGACUGUGACUAACUAAUAACAAGGAAAUCAAAUGAUGAAAUAUAGGAACAACAAAUUAGGGAAACUGUUGAUUAAGGCUCCAUACAAAUUUACAAACCUGGUAAGUAAUACUAGGGGCACAUUUGACGAUUUCUCAGUGCUGUUCGCUUGAUACAGUUUCAUGGUUCUUAUUUUUGUGCGUGACUAACAUUGCUCCAUUCUGUGUGAUGAGGAGGCUGGAAGUUUUUAUUAUUAUGAAUUCUUCGUUUCCUGCCACAGAAGUGCAAACACGUAAUAAAAGAAUUUGGACAAUCUGCACUCUAAAUGGAUUUUUAAUGGAAGGAUGCCUCCAAUUCUCUGGUAUCACUUCUCAGAUGUGAAUGUUGUACUUUUUCAGCUUUUCUGGCUGUUAUUGAUAGACUGUUAAUUGUACCAUUAUUGUAUAGUCUGCUGAUUAAACACCGAGGACCUAAAAUUAGAAUUAGACUUGGAGUCACUGAAAUCCAAAGCACAGGAUGGAAGGACCUGCUGUGGCACAUGCCCACUGAGGUCUGCAGAACAUCUUUAAAACAACUUUACAUUUUUCCUAAUGAAUGAUUUUAGUUUUUAUGACCAGAGAUUGCAGCUGCUGGCUUUUGAGUUGUGGCUGUGUGACCAAACCUCUGGUACCAGCUUCUUAAAAGUAAAUGAGAAAAUUUAAGAUACAGCUGAGUCCGUUUAGCUGGGUUUACAUGAUUCUUGCAUUUUUAAAAAUAAUUCUGGCACUUUAGGUUUUGUUUGUCAGUAAUGAGACAGAAGGCCUUCUAUUGAAAAGGUGUCGAACAGACAUUUUUAAGUUCAAAUGGGGAUGAUGGUAGACAUUUUAUUCAUCAGAAAAACUAUUAGGUAUCAUGUGCAGUGUAUGUGUUUCUAAUUAUUUAAUAAUAACACUUUCAUUAUAAUAAUUUCUAAGGGAAGCAUGUAGAAUAUGGAACGUCCUGGUCUGAACACACAAUCCUGCAGAACUCGUGCAUGAGGAAAAAUCUUCAUUCACAUAAACAAAUGAUGUAUCAGACAGAUGAGAUUAGACCAGCACAACUAUUAUAAUGCCAACAGUUUAUUGUAGUGUCUGCACAGGGCUCAGUGUGAGAGGCCAUGACAACAUCAUUAGUAACUUGUAGCUCUGCUGUUUUCUAUCUUUACUGAAGCACUUCAAAAUCAUUCCUUUGCAACUGACAAUAUAUAACAACUUGAAUAAAAUAAAUAAAUCGAAGGUUAGAAUUGAUUUCAGAAUUUGCAAAAAUACUUUUAAAACAAAGCAAACUCAGUUUAUGUGUGUACACAUUUCUACUACUUUUUACAAGUUGCAAACAAAUGUUCUGUAUUUUUCAACGGAGAUUCUUACAUGAGUGAACGUUCAUGAACACAUUAUAGCCGAGAGGAUGUGAAGCUUUUAGUUUCUGCUGUGUGUGUAUAAUGAAGAAAGAAGCUUGGAUGAUUUCUGAUUGUGUAAAUUUAAAACAAAUGAUUUUGUGUCUUACACUGGGGAGAAUAAAUCAUGAAUUAUUUUGAGAAAAUA